ACAAGAAUGUUAAAAGCUUAAUUUCGUUUACGUUAAAGUCCAUCCAUCCCCACCUUCUUAUGCAUAAGUAGUCCACAGAGAGAGAGAGAGAGAGAGAGAGAGAGAGAAUGGAGCUGUGGUGGUGGCAGCUGCGACGUGCUUUUGUUGUGGCAGCGGUGGUGGUAGUUACAACACAAGAAGGUUGUGUUCUCGGAGAAGAUGUCACGUACGACGGCAGAUCGCUCAUCAUUGAUGGGGAAAGAAGACUUCUGUUUUCAGGUUCUAUUCACUAUCCUCGGAGUACACCUGAGAUGUGGGGAUCUUUGAUUGGGAAAGCCAAGGAAGGAGGACUUGAUGUAAUUCAAACCUAUGUAUUUUGGAACCGUCACGAGCCCCAGCCGGGCCAGUACGAUUUCAGUGGAAGAAAUGAUCUAGUAAAAUUUAUAAAAGAAAUCCAGGCACAAGGGCUUUAUGCUUGCCUCAGGAUCGGACCCUUCAUUGAGAGUGAAUGGACAUACGGGGGACUUCCGUUUUGGCUGCAUGACGUCCCAGGCAUAGUUUACCGCUCAGAUAACGAACCAUUCAAGUUUUAUAUGCAAAACUUCACUACAAAAAUAGUGAACUUGAUGAAGUCAGAGGGUUUAUAUGCAUCACAAGGAGGCCCAAUCAUACUGUCGCAGAUUGAGAAUGAAUAUCAAAACAUAGAGGCAGCAUUCCAUGAAAAAGGACCCUCCUACGUUCGUUGGGCUGCAAAAAUGGCAGUUGACCUCCAGACUGGUGCACCAUGGGUCAUGUGCAAGCAAACCGAUGCUCCUGAUCCAGUGAUUAAUACAUGCAAUGGCAUGAAAUGUGGGCAAACUUUUGGAGGACCAAACUCACCCAAUAAGCCCACUAUGUGGACAGAGAAUUGGACGUCAUUCUAUCAAGUGUAUGGUGGAGAACCGUACAUAAGGUCUGCUGAAGACAUUGCGUUUCAUGUGGCUCUCUUUAUAGCUAGAAAUGGAAGCUACAUCAACUAUUACAUGUAUCACGGGGGAACUAAUUUCGGAAGAACAGGCUCGGCAUAUGUCAUAACAGGUUACUAUGAUCAAGCUCCUCUCGAUGAAUAUGGUUUAUUAAGGCAACCCAAGUGGGGUCACCUAAAGGAGUUGCAUGCUGCAAUUAAAAGUUGCUCUACAACUUUACUAAACGGAACACAAACUAAUUUUUCUUUAGGUCAACUUCAAGAGGCCUAUGUCUUUAGCGAAGAAAGUGCAGGAAGAUGUGUUGCAUUUUUAAUAAAUAACGAUGAAAAAAGUAACGCUACGGUUCAGUUCAGAAAUGCUUCUCAUGAGCUGAUGCCAAAGUCAGUCGCCAUUUUAUCUGACUGUGAAAAAAUUUUCAAUACUGCAAGGGUUAAUACAAAGCAAAACAAAAGAAUCAUAAGAUCAACAAAAAUAUUUGAUACAAUGGACAAAUGGCAAAAGUUCACAGAUAUCAUCCCAAACUUUGAAAAUACUUCACUACAAUCAGACACAUUACUCGAGCAUAUGAACGUGACAAAAGAUGUAUCGGAUUAUCUUUGGUAUACUUUGAGUUUUCAACACAACAUUUCUUGCGCUGAACCGGUACUUGUUGUAGAGUCUCUCGGACAUGUAACACAUGCUUUCAUAAACAACAUGUAUAUAGGAAAUGGCCAUGGCAGUCAUGAUACGAAGCAAUUCGUCAUGGAGAAACCAAUUGGUUUAAACAACGGCACAAACAAUAUUUCUUUGCUAAGCGUAAUGGUUGGACUUCCGGAUUCAGGAGCUUUUCUAGAAAGAAGAUUUGCUGGCUUAAGAAGAGUGGAAAUUCAAUGCAGUAAAAAAGAAUUGUACAAUUUUACUAAUUACGAUUGGGGAUAUCAGGUUGGACUACUUGGAGAGAAAAUGCAAAUAUACAAAGAAGAAAAUAUAGACAACGUCGAAUGGAGUGACGUUGGAGGCUCUUCAAAUCAACCACUUACUUGGUACAAGAUUGUUUUCGAGCCGCCGGUAGGAAAUGAUCCAGUCAUCUUAAACCUAAGCUCAAUGGGGAAGGGUGAAGCUUGGGUUAAUGACCAAAGUAUUGGUCGUUAUUGGGUUUCAUUUCUUACUUCUAAAGGAAAACCUUCCCAAACAAUGUACCAUAUUCCUCGAUCAUUCCUCAAAAACUCUGGAAACCUUUUAGUUUUGCUUGAAGAAUAUGGUGGAAACCCUCUUCACACUUCCUUAAGCACCAUUUCACUUUCCACUAUGUAUGAACCUAUUUCUCACAACGAGCUUCGUUACAAAAAUUACUAAGUAGUUGGUCGUUAAUUUAUUUCAUUAACACCUAUAUAAUAUAGUGAUUGUAUAACCAUCCAAUACAAAUCUGUAUUCUUUAUAACAUCCAAGGAUAUUUACAAGUA